AUGGCUGCAACCGCACAGCUGCAGCCCGAGGACGACGGACACAUGUCGUCUCCCAGUCCCAGUCCCUCCCUCAUCAUCCCCCCUGCCCAGCGUCUCUCCCCGUUCAACCUUGACCUCACUGAGCGCUCCCGCCGCCUUGUCGCCGAUGUGCCCAAUGCCACUCCUGGACCGGCUCUCGCCGCCCUCGCAAACGGCCAGGCAGCACCUGCGUCCCAGCUCCUCGCGGAGCUCGCGGGUCUGGCUAGUGUUGCCGGAGAGCCUGUGACGAAGCGCUUUGCCCCUCUUGCCCUCGACAUUCUUGCGCGCUGGCUCGACGACGCGCCCGCCGCGGCCGUCUGGGAGGCUCGUCUCGCCGUGCUUGCCUCAUUGGCCGAACCCCGUCCGGAUCUUUGGCCUGUGACCAUUGCUUUCCUUCGCGCGUCCCCCUUCCUCGCGUCACCGUUGUCCACGCUCGACGAGUCCGCAUCGACCGAGCGGAUACAGUCGGUGCUGUUGGCAUACUACCGCCUCUUGACGGCCGACCCCAGACUGGCAUCUAGGUUCGACUGGCCGACAGCCCCCGUGCAUGCUCUUCGCUCACACUCGGACGCGGGUGUGCGCUUGCUCGCAGUGCACACUCUGGCCAAGUUGAGAGGAUGGAGCGAGGGUCGCCGUGCCGAGAUGGAGGUGGCUUCAGGAUUGAACGAAUCGGUCGAGUGUCGUAUUAAUUUUGAAGGAGACGCCGCGGCAGACGGCUGGCUCCUCCACGUGCUUGAAGACAGGCGGGUGCGCGCUUUCGAGUCGGACUGGCAGGCCGACCACGAGAACGAGGAUGAGACGCUUGUGGCCUCUGACUUGUCGCGCCGCACAGCUGUCGUGGGCGGUCGCCUCCUCCUCGCCCAGCCUGCUGGCACUUCGCCGAGCCUCAUUCAUGUCGCCACUUCGGCCAUGACUGAUGCCAGCGCUGAGAUUUCGCCUCUCCUCCAGCGCUGCAUCCCCAUCCUUAUCUCUGCCCCUCCCUCGGCAGGUAAGACCCACAUCGUGCAGCACCUCAACGCCCAGCUGUACCCUUCGUCCUUGGUGACGGCUCGUAUCCUCACCAUUCCUCUCGCCGACACGACCAUCGACGUCAAGUCGCUCAUUGGUACCUAUGUCUCCAGCCCCACCAAGCCGGGCACUUUCGAAUGGAUGGAGGGUGCGCUCGCCAAGGCCGUGCGUGCCGGCCGCUGGGUCGUGUUUGAGGACAUUGACAAGGCCUCGCUCGAGAUGCUCGUCACCAUCUCGGGGCUUGCAAAGUCGCUUCAUGUUGGCCGCGUUGGCCGCCGUGCUGUCCUUGCUGUUCCCGGCCGUGACGAGGUCGAGGCGGGUGACGGAUUUGCCAUCUUCGCGACCCGCACCGUCCGCCAGGAUGCCGCGGCCCCAGCGACCUUUUUCGGUCACCAGGACUUUGCCGAGGUCUCGCUCGAGUCCCCCACCGACGAGGACAUUCUCGAGAUCCUCACUGCCCAGUUCCCCCGCCUCCCGCGCAGCGUCACUACCACCCUGGUUGGCGUUUGGCGCGAUCUCCGCCCCCUCGCCAAGACCAGCGGCCAGGUCAAGGCCCGCGACAUUGGUCUGCGCGACCUGGAGAAGUGGUGUGCCCGUGUGCAGCGCGGGCUUCCUCCUGCUGCGUCUGUCGCUGCUCUCGAGGCAUCUGGUGCGGGGUUGUUUGCCAACACCGUCUUCCAGGACGAGGUCUUCCUUGAGGCUGCCGACAUUCUCAUUGCUUCCCUCGACAACCGUGCCGGCUCGCCCGAAAAGCGCACCAAGAUGAUUGCCGUCAUGGCAAACGGUCUCGGCAUGGACAUUGACCGUGCCACUGCCCUCAUCGACACGCGUCGUCCUGGACUCGAGGCCGAAAAGGGCAACCCCCAGGUGCACGUUGGUCGUUACUCCAUCGACGCUGCACCGGGCAAGCGCCGUGCUACUACCGAUGACAGGCCGUACGCUCUUACUCGCCCCUCGCUGGUGGCUCUGGAACGCAUCGCUGCGUCUGUGGCUCUUGCCGAGCCUGCCCUCCUCGUCGGUGAGACGGGUACGGGUAAGACGACUUCAGUCCAGCACCUCGCGACGCUCGUCGGCAAGUCUCUUACGGCCCUCAACUUGUCGACCCAGACCGAGACGUCCGACCUCGUCGGUGGUUUCAAGCCCAUUGACGCAGCCUCGGCCGCCCGUACUCUUCACACUCGCUGGCAAAAGCUGUUCACGGAGACGUUUAGCGUUGGCAAGGCUCAGAACGGCGCCUACCUCGAGGUUGCUGCCAAGGCUCUCUCGGCGCGCAAGUGGGGCCGCUGCGCUGACCUGUGGGCGACCUCUGCCCGCCGCGCUGUCGACAAGCUCGCCAAGACGAAGGAUGAGCCUGAGGAGCCGGCGGGUCCCGACGCCCGCAAGCGCCGCAAGGUCGUCAACAAGGCCGCCCGUGCCGCUGUUCUCUGGCAAGCCCUGCUUGUUGACAUUGCCGACUUUGACCUGCACCACGUCAAGAUGAAGUCCAAGCUCGUCUUUUCGUUUGUCGAGGGCCCCCUCGUCAAGGCGCUCAAGAAUGGCGAGUGGAUCCUGCUCGACGAGGUCAACCUCGCCACUCAGGAGACCCUCGAAGCGAUCGCGACCAUCCUCGAGGCGUCCAACGCGUCCCUGGUUCUCACCGAGCGCGGUGACGUUGAGCCCAUCCCGCGUCACCCUGACUUCCGUUUGUUCGCGUGUAUGAACCCGGCUACCGACGUCGGCAAGAAGGACCUCCCAGCCGGCCUCCGCUCGCGCUUUACCGAGCUCUAUGUUCCCGCUCCCGAUGAUGACCGCGAGGCCCUUGUUGCCAUUGUCGAGGGAUACCUUGGCGAGGCUGCUGCCGGAGACCGUGGCGUGGUUCUCGAUGUUGUCGAGCUCUACGCUACCCUCAAGAAGCUCUCCGCCGCCAAGGAGAUUGUCGACGGCUCCAACGCCGCUCCGCACUACAGCAUGCGUACCCUCGCCCGCGCUCUCAUGUUCGCUGUCCAGAGUGCGCCGAUCUUUGGCCUCCGUCGUGGUCUUUGGGAAGGCGCGCUCAUGGCGUUCACCAUGAGUCUCGACGCCGAGAGUGGCCGCAAGGCUCACGGUGUCCUUGAGAAGCACAUCCUCGGUCCCAUGAAGAACGCCAAGGCCGUCCUCGCCCAGGUGCCCACGCUCCCUCCCAGCCUUGACCAGGACGAUUUCGUCCGCUUUGGUCCCUUCUGGCUCAAGCGUGGACCCCUCCCUGCUAUUGGCGAGUCUCGCUACAUCAUCACGCCCUCGGUGCAGGCCAAGCUCUCCGACCUGGCCCGUGUCAUUCUCACCAAGCGCUACCCGGUCCUCAUCCAGGGUCCUACGUCGGCUGGUAAGACCUCGGCCGUCGAGUUCCUCGCCCGCCAGACUGGCCACCGUUUCGUGCGUAUCAACAACCACGAGCACACCGACAUUCAGGAGUACCUCGGCACGUACAUUACCGACCCGCAGACGGGCAACCUCGUGUUCCAGGAAGGUCUCCUCGUCACUGCCGUUCGCCAGGGUCACUGGAUUGUGCUCGACGAGCUCAACUUGGCCCCUACCGAUGUUCUCGAGGCUCUCAACCGUCUUCUCGACGACAACCGCGAGCUCGUCAUCCCCGAGACGCAAGAGGUCAUCAAGCCCCACCCGAACUUUAUCCUUUUCGCCACGCAGAACCCCCCUGGUCUCUACGCCGGUCGUAAGGUGCUCUCGCGUGCUUUCCGCAACCGUUUCCUCGAGGUCCACUUUGACGAUGUACCCAAGGACGAGCUUGAGACCAUCCUCUGCCAGCGCUGCGCCAUCGCCCCCACCUACGCCAAGAAGAUUGUCCAGGUGUUCGAGGAGCUCCGCCACCGCCGCCAGGCGAGCCGCGUGUUCGAGUCCAAGGCCUCGUUUGCUACCCUCCGUGACCUGUUCCGCUGGGCUGAGCGCGGUGCUGUCGGAUACCAGCAACUCGCCGACGAUGGAUACAUGCUCCUUGCCGAGCGUGCCCGCAGCGACGAGGACAAGACUGUCAUUCAGGACGUGAUCGAAAAGGUCAUGAAGGUCAAGGUCGACGUCGACAGCAUGUACCGUCUGUUUGAGGAAGGUGCCGGCAUCUUCACCCGUUUGCCUUUCAAGAGCGUUCCCGCUGGUGGACUCGUGUGGACCAAGGCCAUGCAGCGUCUCUUCGCCCUCGUCGCCACCGCUGCCGCCCACGACGAGCCCGUCCUCCUGGUCGGUGAGACCGGUUGUGGAAAGACCAGUGUCUGUGAGGUCCUCGCCCAGGCAUUCAACCAAACGCUGGUCGGUAUCAACUGUCACCAGAACAUGGAGACGGCCGACCUCCUCGGCUCCCAGCGUCCCGUGCGUAACCGCCACGAGCGCCGCGCCAAGGUCAUGGCCCGCCUCGCCGAGCUUGGCCUGGCCGUCGACGCCGGCGCGUCCGAGGACGACCUCCUCGCCUCUGCCGUCGCGCUUGCCAAGAGCGAGGACGCCACCGACGAGACCCGUGCAGCGGCUCGUGAUGUCCAGCGCGAGAUCAAGAAGCUCUCGGCGCUCUUUGAGUGGGUCGACGGCCCGCUCAUCCACGCCAUGCAGGACGGCGACCUCCUCCUCCUCGACGAAGUCUCGCUCGCCGAUGACUCGGUGCUCGAGCGUCUCAACUCGGUUCUUGAGCCCGGACGUACCCUCGUCCUGGCCGAAAAGGGCGGUGUCGAUAUUGACGAGGCAACCAUUGUCGCCAACGCACGCUUCCACGUCGUUGCCACCAUGAACCCCGGUGGUGAUUUCGGAAAGAAGGAGCUCUCCCCCGCCCUUCGUAACCGUUUCACCGAGAUUUGGGUCCCUGCCCUCGGCAACCGCGACGAUCUGCUGCAGAUUAUCGGCCAGAGCUGGAAGCACGACGCGCUCAACCCUGCCGGCCCGCUCAUUCUUGAUUUCCUUAACUGGUUUGGCGAGCGCUGUGGCGACUCGAGCGGCAUUGGUCUUCGUGACAUUCUCGCCUGGGUCGGUUUCUCAAACCAAAUGUUCGACAAGGGCACGCUCACGGUGCCCUCAGCGUUCCACCACGGUGGCCAGAUGGUCAUCGUCGACGGUCUCGAGUCGCUUCCCCAGGUUGCCGGUUCGUCUCUGGCCACUAUCACUGCGCUCCGCGACGACUGCAUGGCCAAGCUUACUGAAAUGUCCGCCUCCCUCGGUGACGACAUGAGCACGCCCUCUGAGACCACCUUCGAGGUGACGAAUGAUGCGGUCGCAAUCUCGGGCUUUGCUGUCCCCCGCGGCCCGCUGGCUUCUGCCGACACUGCGUUCCGCUUCAACGCCCCCACCACGGCACUCAACUCGAUGCGUGUCCUUCGUGGCUGUCAGCUUCCCAAGGCCAUCCUCCUCGAGGGUUCGCCCGGUGUCGGAAAGACUUCGCUCGUUUCUGCCCUGGCUGCUACUGCAGGUUACACCCUCCAGCGUAUCAACUUGUCCGACCAGACCGACCUUAUCGACCUAUUCGGUUCAGACCUGCCUGUUGAGGGUGGUGCCGCCGGCGAGUUCCAGUGGCGUGACGCUGCGUUCCUCGACGCCAUGCAAAAGGGCGACUGGGUCCUCCUCGACGAGAUGAACCUGGCCUCCCAGACCGUGCUCGAAGGUCUUAACGCUGUCCUCGACCACCGUGGAACUGUCUACAUCCCGGAACUGGGUCGCAGCUUUGACCGCCACCCUUCAUUCCGCGUGUUCGCUGCUCAGAACCCUCUCACCCAGGGUGGUGGCCGUAAAGGUCUCCCCAAGUCGUUCCUCAACCGUUUCACAAAGGUUUACCUUCAGGAGCACACGCCCGAGGACCUGCUCAUGAUCUGCCGGGGUCUCCACCCGGCUCCCGAGGAGAUUGUCCAGCGCAUGAUUUCAUUCAACGAGUCGAUUCGCGAGGCCACCAUGGUCACCCGCACCAUUGGUCGUGAAGGUUCGCCGUGGGAGUUCAACCUGCGUGACCUGUUCCGCUGGUUUGGUCUUCUCGCCAAGCGCAACGGUCUUGAGAGCACCGACCACCCUGUCGAGCAUCUCCGCACUGUCUAUCUCCAGCGUUUCCGCAACCUUGCAGACCGUCACAACGUCGCGAUCAUCUUUGAGCGCGUCUUUGGCUUAGGCCCUGUCUCGACCCGCCCGACCACGUUCGUCACAAAGUCGUACGUUCAGAUUGGUCACGCUGCCGUGCCCCGUGCCGGUGACGCCACGGUCGACAUUACCGUCCCGGCACACCACCUCCCGCUCGCCGAGAGCGUGCUCAAGGCUAUCGAGAUGGGUUGGCUUGUCAUUCUUGCCGGCGACAACGGCCGCGGUAAGCGCGACCUCGUCCGCUCCAUUGCCUCGUCGGCCGGCCGCGAGCUCGGCGAGUUUGUCAUGCACCCCGGUGUGGACACCAGCGAGAUCCUCGGCACGUUUGAGCAGCAGGACGCGUUCCGUGUUCUCGACCACGCCGAGCGCGAGAUCCGUAUCCUCCUCGAGUCCGCUGCCGAGGCUCACCCGGCUGCUGCUGCUCGCAUCGCCGACCUCACCGCUGCCCGCGUUAGGUGCAACGAUGCUCGCGAGCUCGACGCCGUGGACGCAUUCCUCACCACUGCCAAGUCGCUCGUUGCCGACGUCGCCGCUGUCGGUAUUGACACCAAGGCCGCGUCCGCCGCUGUUGCCGACGCCGAGCGUGCCGGUCCCGCCGCGGGCUUCGCCUGGGUCGAUGGCCAGCUCCUCCACGCUAUUCGCAACGGCGGCUGGUUCCUUGUCUCGGAUGCCAACCUCUGCAGCGCUUCCGUCCUCGACCGUCUCAACUCGCUUUGUGAGAUUGACGGUGUGCUUGUCAUGAGCGAAAAGGGCUCUGCCUCGGGCGUUCCCGAGGUCAUCAAGCCUCACGCCGACUUCAGGCUCUUCAUGACCUACGACCCCCGCCACGGCGAGCUCUCGCGUGCCAUGCGUAACCGUGGUGUUGAGCUGUAUGUCGAUGCCGCCGAGACUCCCAAGGCUGCUGUGGGUACUCUCCCCAACGCGACCUCGUUUGCCCUCGCAGACAACGCUACCCUCCGCUCCGUCGAGGGUGGCGCGUCGGCCUACGACGAGGCACUUGCCGCUGCGCCCUUCACCGCCAACCUCGCCGCUGGUCAGAGCCGUGCCGCGCUUGCACUCCUGACAAGGUACGCUGGUGCGCCUCUGUCGACCGCCGUCGAGUUCCUCUCGCACCCCCGCAUCGUGGCUCUUCUCGCCUCGCAGGGUGAGACCCUCGCUCAGCGUGGAAUCGACCCCGCUCUCGCUGCCGAGGUGCCCUUCGACGCCGCCAUCGACCCCAACACCCCCGUUGGCGAGUUUGCCGUUUUCCGCGCUCUCCAGCUUGUCCUCCGCAACAUUGCUGCCCGCACUGAGACGGACGCUUGGAUCGCCGACGCUACCAACGCCAAGUCGGUCCUCUCGUCGUCGGCUAUUACUGCGCGCCGCGGCACAGCCCGCCGCAAGCCCACCGUCGGUGACAGCGUGUACCCCUUCCUCGCCCUCGUUCGUGAGUCGCUUACCAGCGUCGCUCUGGACGCCGUGACGGACUCGGGCGACCUUUCGGCGGCGGAGAACACCCUCACGCUUCUCGGCCUCGUGGAGCAGCACUGCCGUGACGAGACAUUCGACUACUCGUCCGUCCAGCUCCUUGCAACCUGGCUCUCCGAGUCGCUGUCCAAGCUUCCUGGCGCUACUGCCGCCCGCGAUGCCGUCCAGGCUCUUGCUCGCGCCACUGAGAUCACCACCGGUCUUGGCCAGGCUCCCGUCUGGACUCUUUUCCGUACUGGUUUGGCCUCCCCAGAGCAGCGUGCUCUGCUGGCCAACAUGGCCGAGAGCCUCGCGUCCGUUUCCGACCCCAAGCUGCGUCUUGAGACCGUCCAUGCUCUCGCUGCCGCGGCCCGUGAGGGUCUCACCGACGAGAUCGCCACCGAGCUCGCAGCUCUCAUUGAGACCCUUCCCCGCCGCCUCGAAGAGUCCACGGCGGCCGACACGCCCUGGUCAAAUGCCGCCGUCGCGCAUGUUGUCGAGCUCGACCUCCUCGGUGCUUGCGAGGAGGGCACCCUCGCCUUGCUCGCCAGCGGCGUGGACGCCAAGCCUGCCGACCUCCUCCAGGCUCUUGCGCUCCGCAAUGCUCCUGCUGGCCCCAAGCUCGCCGCUCUCAGUGGAUGGCUCAAGCGUCUCUGGGACGAGACAACUCCCGGCCAGUUGUUCGCACCUGUUGGCCUCGCGGCCGCCCUCCGCUUCAGCCGCGCCAACAACACCCCCAUGGCCCAGAUUGCGGGUAUGGACGACGCGCUGAAGUUUACCACCCAGGCUACCCUCUGGUCUGCAGGUCGCGACGACGGCCGUGCCGACAAGGCCAAGGCUCUUGCUGCCGCCUUCCUUGGAAUGGUUCUCGGUGCUUUUGGUGCCUCUGUCACUUUUGACAGCGGUAGGCCAUGCCUCUCCCGCGCCGCUGCUGCCGAGACCGCGGACGAGGAGGCUGCGUUUACAUACCUCCAGCAGUCGUUUGACACUCGCCUCGCCUCGGCCAUCGCGGCCGUUCAGGUCGACACUACUCUCUCGGCUGUUGGCCACGUCUGGGCUGGUAUCGCGCGUUUCGUGCUCGACAUCUUCGUCACCAACGUCCCCAUCGACCCCGGAGUCCGUCGUGUUCUCCUCGGCGAGGUUGUGACCGCCCAGCUCGCUCUCGUCAAGGAGGAGCUCGAUGUCGUCCGCCACUCUGAGACCCUCGCCAAGGGUGUGGUUGACUCGACUCGUGCUUCGGCACUCGAAACUCGCCUCCAGGUUCUCGAGGGUGAGCAGACCAACCUCGGCCCCAGCAUCGAGCGCCCCACCAACGCCGCGCGUCUCGCCCACCUCUUCAACGAAGUGUUCAGCUUCGUUGAUGACGUUCUUUCGGAGAAGGCCACAAAGUCGCUCAUGACUGCCCUCGAAAAGGACUCGAACAACGCUCUGGCCCGUGAGGACGCUUUCCAAAUGUCUUCGAUGGCCUUCGUUCAGCGUCUCAGCGCCUACACAGACCUGGACGACCUCUCGCAGCCCAUUGCCGCUGCCGUCCUGUGCGCCAAGUUUGGUAUCCGCUGCAUUGCCCGCGGUCUCGAGCUUGCCCACACUAGCGUCCCCAGCGCUCUGGCGCCGAUCGUGUCGUUCCCCACCGUGGCGUCGCUCCCGACCCUCCAAGCCCUUCCCAUGCUGGACAAGGCUGAGCCUUCGCCAUCGUCGAUUCGCCUCGACCUGCUCGCUACGCUUGCCUACGCCCGCGAUGCCACCGACUCGGAGCAGCGCAUGGCCCACGUGCCUGGCCUAGUUGCUGGUCUCGACCGCCUUUAUGCUGCCUGGAGCUUUAUCCGCACCAGGGAGGCUCAGGAGGCCGCCGACGCCGAGUCCCUUUACCGUAUCCGCAAGACGGACAUUGAGAUUCUCUCGGACGAGGAACUCAUGGAGAAGGAGUUUGCCGAGCUCUUCCCCAUCUUUGACGGCGAUGAGAUCAUGGAAGACAAUGUGCCUGAAAAGGUCCAGGACGAGGCCGAACACGAGGAUAAGCGAAAGGCCAAGUUUAUGGGCGACAAGAUCACCGCUUUCCACUCGCUCAUCCUUGCAUCGUUCGGCAAGGGCAGCGUCCAUGACACGCUCAAGACUGCUGUCGACGAUGUGCUCACCACCUUUUCGCCCACCGCCUUCCGCGAGGACCUGGAUGGCAAGUCACUCGCGUUCCAGGUGUCGACUCUUCACCGCCGCAACGCCGAGAUCAAGACCAGUGCCGCCCAGGCCAACUUUUACUUUGCGCCCAACGAGUUCGAAGUGCGAAAGGCCUGGACUCUGCUCGAACGUCUGCGCAACCGCCUGGACGCGCUGGUCACUGAGUGGCCCGACCAGAUGGUUCUCGUCCACCUCCGCGAACGUGUCCUGCGUAUCCUGAACCUGGACGUCCGCAGCCCCGUCGCCAAGGUUCUUGCAGUGCUUGAGCAGCUCUUGCUCCACACUGACGACUGGGAGCCGUACGCCAACCGCGACAACAGCCUUAAGAACUUCCAGCUGGACAUCUCCAACCUCAUCGUCGCCUGGCGCCGCCUCGAACUUGCGUCGUGGGUUCGCCUCCUCGACGACCAGGUCGCCCUUUACACAGCUGGCGACGACGAGUUUACCCUCCGCCUGUACGGGGCCCUCAUCCACGGCACGGUGUCGGCCGAGGACGUUGACGCAUAUCUCGAGACUGCUCUCCCUGUCGUCUCGACGUACAUCAACGGCUCCACUCUUGGCCAGUUUGAGCACCGUCUCGCGGUUCUCGCGGCGUUCCAGCGCAUGGCCGAGGAGCUUGGCCUCAGCGACGAGCCCCACGCUGCUGGUAUUGCCAAGGUUGGCUCCAUCUUGCGCAACCUCAUCGCCCACGCCAAGCUCUACCUUCCGCGUGCCAGCGACUCGCUGGCUUCGCAGCGCAAGAUUAUUGACGGUGGCGUCAAGGACUUUGUCAAGCUCGCGAGCUGGAAGGACAUUAACGUCUUUGCCCUCAAGGCCAGCGCUCAAAAGAGCCACAAGCAGCUCCACAAGCACAUCCGCAAGUUCAAGGAGGUGCUCAUGCAGCCUAUGGCGCCCAUCUUUAUGGACUCAGGCUCGAUCUGUCCCCAGGAUGCCGCCAGCUCGCCCUCGGCUCAGAGGACGGGUAUGUUCGACAUUACUGCCCUCCCUGCCGAUGCCGUCACUGUCCGUGCUGGCGCCAAGCCCGCCGUGCCCAAUGUCCUCGUCAAGCUCAACGACACCCUCACCCGCUACACGAACGUGCACACCCGUGCCCGUGAGGUUGUUUCCUCGUCCGAAGCGUCGGCUCUCGAGGGCCUCUCGGUCGACAUUAUCGAGACCGCGGCCAUGCUCCUGAAGGCUACCCCCACGUUCCUGACCAAGGACAACACCAAGAUUGUGAACAACCUCGCAGGCAGGAAACGCAAGGCCUUUAGCGACCUUCUUAAGACUCUGCGUGCUUGUGGCUUCUCGCAAGCCGUGCCCGCCGAUCAGAUGGCGAGGCAGCAGUCGGUGUCGUGGCUCUCGCGCCGUCCUGCGCUCAAGUCGGACGACCUGCCUGUCGCCUUUGACACUGCUGCCGUGACCAAGGUCUCUGAUUACCACCACCGCAACAGCGUGUUGAUGACCGCCCUUCGGGCGUCGUUUAACGGCCACUCGCCGGACAUUGCUUCGCAGGACCUUGGCCGUGGUAUCGGCUUCUGUGAGAACCUCUAUGCUGCGGCUCUGGGCGAGCACACCAGGCUUGCUUCACAGCUCGAUGUGCUUAACAGGCUCACCUCCACCCUCCGUCGUCUGCACCACUGCGCUCUUUCAGAGUCACUGUCGGGCGGCGACAAGCUCCACCAAGCUCUCUCCGCCGCCGAGCUUGACGCCUACCACCUCCGCGAGGCGCUCAAGGAGGUCGAGGACGGUGUUCGCGCCUUCCGUGAGCUCCAGGGCGCGCACGUCGGUACCGCUGACCUUGCCUCCGUCCACGAGGCAAGGCAGGAGGUCAGCCUCCUCAUCACUGCUCUUGAGACUGCCCUCUCCUCCAGCCGCUCGGCUGGCUGGUCGCUCUUCGGCCACGACGAGGCGUCGCUUGUUGGUCGUGCUCACGGCAUCUUCAAGCACACUUCCACUGCCGCCGAGCAGCGCGCCAACGCCACUCCCGAGCUGGCGCACCUGUUCACCCCUCUCGCCAAUAUGGCCGCUGGUAUGGGCUCUGACGUCCCCCUCCGUGGCGUUCGCACCCUCUCUGACGGUGUUUGGAACGAGAGUGACGCGCUCAUCCAGGCCCUCCUCGUCGCCGCCCAGGGUAUCGACACCACCAAGCCCGAGGAGAUCAAGGACGACGACUACCCCGUGAUCCCUGCCGCGUUCCUCAAGCAGGCUAAGGCAGUCGCUUCGCUCCGCGUGUCCGCGGUUGUGGACCGCCUCGACAAGUUUGCUUCGGCCAUCUCGGUCGAGCUCGCUGGCCGCGAGUCUAGCCUCGCCCCCGCAGCUCUUGCUCGUGUACUGCCGUUCGUCGAGACGCUGGCCGAGACGUACGCCGAGAGCGUUGCGGCUCACGUUGCCUCGUCAAAGUCAAUGUACAAGCUCAACUAUGUCGUUUCGCGCGUCAUGCUCGACAUUGCCACCAAGGGCUUCUGCAAGCCCCAGGAGGAGUCCAAGGACGACAGCAAGGAUGGCGACGACCAAGGCACCGCUGAGGGUACCGGUAUGGGUGCUGGCACUGGUGACAAGAACGUCUCCAACGAGAUCAAGGACGAGAGCCAGGUCGAGGGCCUCCAGGGCGAAGAGGAGGAAGAGCAAGACAAGGAAGAGGGCGGUGACGACAACGAGGACGAUGACGACGCCUUUUCCAUGGAGAACGACUUUGACGGCGCCCUCGAGGACGGCAAGGAGAAGGACGAAGAGGACAAGGACGGCGACGACGACGACGAGAACAAGGACGACGAACUCGACGACCACGUUGGCGACGUCGACCCCCUUGACCCCGGAGCUGUCGACGAGAAGUUCUGGGGUGACGAGGAGAAGGAAGAGGAAGAGCAGAAGGAGGACCGCGAGGAUCUCAUGAACGAGAAGACUCAAGACAACGGCGAGUCCGAAUUGGCCGCCAAGGACGGUGCCAAGGAGGACAAGAAGAAGCAGAAGGAGGACGGAGACGAUGCUCAAGAGCAGGAGCAGGAGCAGGAGGCUCAAGACAACCAAGAUGACGGCAAGAAGCCCGAAGACACCCAGCACGACGAUAACCAAGAGGACGGUGACGACGAGAUGGACGAGUUCGAGGAGCAAGGCGAGGACGACGGCGAGAACGAGGGUCCCGACAUGCCGCAGCAGGACAAUGUUGCGGCCCCUGAGGGCGACAAGCUCGAUCUCCCUGAAGACCUCGACCUCGGUGGCGACGACGACGACGAUGAUGGAGCCGCCGAGGACAACGACGAGCAGUUUGACGACCCCGACAUUGACAUGGAGCAAGACGACAACAUGCCCGAGGAUCACGGCGUCACUUCCGACCACGAGGGUGCCGAGGAAGACGAGAAAGACGCUCCCGACGCCACUGGUGCAACUGAGGAGGACGCCGACCCCGAGCAGGAGGAGUCUGCCAACCAGAACCUCGACACUAGCGCCUCCAACGACGCCACUGCCCAAGAGGCUGCGGCCGCCGGCCGUGGCCAGGGUUCCGCCAACAAGGAGGACGCCGGUGAGGACGAGAUGAUGGAAGGUGAAGACGGUGAGGAGGGUGUCGAUGAGCAAGAGGAGGACGAGCAGGCCGACGCCGACGGUGCUGCCUCCAGUGCCCCACAGGGUGGUGGCGGUCCCGACGAGCAGGAGGCCUCUGGCCCUGCCGACCAGAGCGGUGCUCCCCUCCCCAACGACACUCAAACUCUUCAGCAAGACCGCAAGCUCGGUGACAUUAUGGAGGAGAUCAAGCGCCGCCGCGACGAGAUUCUCAACCAGACUGAGCGCGAGGAGGUUACCGACAAUGCCGACGCCUCUGAGCAGGCGCCCGGCCAGGUCGAGUACCUCCAGGACGGCCAGGAAGACGAGGACGACUCGAUGCAGGCCCUUGGCCCUGCAAGGGACGAACAACAGAAGCUCGAGGACCUCAAGAUUGUCGACGACGAGCAGGAGGGCGAGGACGCUCCCCCUCCCGCCAUGGAAGACAACGGAGAGGACAAGGAGGAUGUUCCCGCGAACAUGCCCCCGCCUCACGAGACUGAGUCGCUUCACCGCGAGAAGAACGACACUGCCGAUUCCAUGGGCGCCGAAAAGGCCCUUACCCAGUCGGACAUUGUCGGCAACGCUCCCGUCUCGGGCGAUGCCAUGGACGUCGACGAGGACGGUGAAGGCGAGGUGCCAGCCACCGAGAGCAAGCCCGACGAGGGUGACGACGAGGACGUUGACCUCACCAUCGCCGACCCGGCCGCUGUUGUGGACGACGCCGAUGGCGCCGAGGACCUUUGGCGCCAGUACGCCUCGCUCACUUCGGACCUGUCGUACGCCCUUUGCGAGCAACUCCGCCUCAUCCUCGAGCCCACGCUCGCCACCCGUCUCCAGGGUGACUUCCGUACUGGAAAGCGUCUGAACAUGCGCAAGAUUAUUCCCUACAUUGCCUCCGAGUACACCAAGGACAAGAUCUGGCUCCGCCGCACCAAGCCCAGCCGCCGCGAGUACCAGGUCCUGCUUUCGCUCGAUGACUCGCGCUCCAUGGCCGAGAGCCACAGCGUUCACCUUGCCUACCAGACGCUUGCCCUCGUGUCGCAGGCCCUCACCAAGCUCGAGGUCGGCCAAGUUAGCAUUGCCCGUUUCGGCGAGAGUGUCGACAUUCUUCACGAGUUUGGCGAGACCUUCAGCGACCAGGAUGGUGCCAACGUCAUGCGUGCGUUCAAGUUUGACCAGCACCGCACCGAUGUUGCCGCACUUGUCGAGCGCACCCUCGCGUACCUUGCCGAAAGCCGCCACAAGAAUGCCAGCCAGAGCGCUCCCGACCUCUGGCAGCUCCAGAUCAUUAUCUCGGACGGUGUCUGCCAGGACCACGCCAAGCUCAGGACCCUCCUCCGCCGCGCCAUCGAAGAGCGCGUUAUGAUUGUCUUCCUCAUUGUCGACAGCCUUGCCGUUCCUCCCACCAACCCCACCACCCCUGCCCCCGCCUCCGCUUCCGCGCCAGCAUCGGCACCCGUCUCCGCCCCCGGAUCGGGCGCCGUCACUCCCGUCGUGCCCCAGACUCGCCCCAGCAUUCUCUCGAUGCAGUCCGUCAACUACUCGAUGGUCAAUGGCGAGAUGAAGCUCGAGAUGACGCGCUACCUCGACACGUUCCCCUUCGAGUUCUACGUCGUCCUCCGCGACGUCGAGGCACUCCCAGGCGUGCUUUCCGACACCCUCCGCCAAUGGAUGACGCGUGUCAGCCAGUCGAACGAGUAG